AUGGGCACCAUGUAUUAUGGAAGAGCUGUUGUGUUGCUUUUGUGGAUUUUCUGCUCGUCUGUGAUAUCAAAACCCACGAAUGAAGAUGGACAAAACGGCAAUCCUGUGGUUAAUAUGAACGCAGAUGGAGAACAAGGAAAUGGCAAUCCUAAUCCCGACAGAGGAAGUGAAAUCCUUGAUAAUAAGUCACCAGACAAUCCUCUAGCUGGUCAAGAAAAUAGUGCACCAGCCAAUGGAGAAACGAGUGCUCAAGACAAUCAAGAAAGGAACAUUCAUGUCAAUCAAGAAAGUAGUCCCCCAGCCAGUCAGGAACACAACCCUAUUUCUAAUCAAGAUAGUGAUCGUCAGACGAAUCCAGGAGGCAACACUGCAGCUAAUGAGGGAACAGAUCAUCAGAACCAGAGACAACAGUCAGACGUUCACAAUCAGGUGACUGACAAUGAAAACCCACAAAAGUCAGCUGUGCAGCAAACAGAAGAAGUUGACUGGGGUCACGCUGACACUGCCAAUGUCAUGAUGCGGCUGAGCAUAAAUCAGGAGCAGAAUGUGCAGACAGAGCAACAGCAGCACGCAGAUCAACAGCAGCAGACACAGCAACAGCAGCAGACAGAACAACAGCAGCACACAGAUCAACAGCAGCAGGAACAGCAACAGCAGCAUGCACAGCAACAGCAGCAGUCAGAGCAACAGCAGCAGACUCAGGAGGAAGUGCGAACAGAUAAAACAGAGAUAGCUCACGAGGCUAGCGAAUCAACACAGCAGGAUCACACAGGAGAGCAGACAAACGCUGGCCACGACAUUGGAGUGCUAGAACCGGAGCACGUUUUACACGGCGACGAUGGACACGGCGACCACCACGCUGGAGCCGAGAACGCCACCAGCAUCAAGGAGCAAGAGGAAGCAAGAGUGCAGGAUGCCCAAGAAAGAAUAGCCGUCGAAAAGCAAGAGAUGGAGGAUGUCCAGCCCAAAGUUGUGGGAAGUAACGUGCACGAUUCCCUAUCUAGGAGGAUCGCCGAGUUCGUUAAAGACAAGCAGUUCUCACCAGAAAACGCCGAUGAGGCAAUCCACGGCGGUCAUCAUGUCCAUGAAGAGAAAGACGGAGGCAGACCCAAGGACGUACAGACAGGAAAUGUGGAGAGCAUAGUUCAUGGAGAGGAUGGUGUUCAUGACGACCAUCACAAAAAGGAUGACAAGGGACCUCUGACUGUGGAUCCCGAACAGAUGAUGCACGCAGGGCAAGGAGAUGAUCACCCACACGACAGACAUGAAAAUGAACCAGUUGGUGAAUCACCGAAUGGCACACUGCUAUCAGACAAUAACAGGCGCACUAAAAAUCAGAGCCAAAACAAUCAGGGAGAUUUUGGUAUUGAUUUGGAACCUAUCGUCCACGAGGGAGAGCACGUGCACGGCAAGGCAGGCAGUCAGAAAUCGAGGAACAAAGUCAGAUAUCAAGACAUCAUUGAGCUUGGACUCAGCCAGGAGCUCUUGAAGGGUAUCGACCUGUCCAAGCUUCUAGAGCAAGAGAAGAAGGAAAUGGAGGCAUGGCAGCACGACAAAAAUGAAAGGAAGGGAAUGAGUGAAGAAGAUAACAGUGAAACGGAACAGAACGCUUUAUUUUGGCAGAAG